AUGUCUAACAAGUCCAUCGCUGUGCUAUUGAUCAAACUCGGAUACAACGUCGCCAAUGUUCGCACAACCGGCGUGUUCAUGGUGGACGUCUUCUCCCGACGCCUCGACAGAAAGCGGAUGAUUGGUCUCUCUGAAAAGGUCCUAGACAGCGUACCCAGCCAGCUUCGCCUUUAUUGGCAGACUUUCGCGACAGCAAAGGUCCUAUAUUUGUCCGGCAUCCAACGCUACAAAGCAGAAAUCCCGGCAGCAAUGCUAGAGUACUACGACAACAGCCCAACUACAGUUCGUCGUAUCGCCAUCAUCACGUUCCACCCCGAGCGCUUCGCAAGAGAAAAGAGUAAUACAAAGUCAAGCCGAGACGACGACAUGGCGAUCCGCGAACGCCUAAUUGAUUAUGCCCUAAUCAUUCUAUACGGGCAGCCCAACGUCCAGGGAUUCCUCUCCACAUGCGCAUAUCACUUCAACCUCCGUUCAGGAGCGCUCGUACGAAAGGACAUCAUCGCCAAAGGAGGGAGCGCCCUGUCCUCAUAUCUCAAGCUACCCCUAGUGCUUUAUGAUCCGCUGGACACAUUCCGUAUCUCCAUGAAGACGCUUCAGAGGCCAUUGUCGAAAGACGCCAUUGCGAGGAUAAGUGUGCUUAUCAUGGAUGCCGAUGAGGCACUCAAUUGGCUCGACCGCCCAGAACUCCAAGCCAUCUAUGGGCCAUACGUCGCAACCUACAAGGCGUCUGUCAUCCAGACAGAGGAUAUGAGAGUAAGGCGGGGUCUGAACCAGGUAGAGAGAGUCGAAGGCAGGCACAAGAGUGAAGAUCGGCGUAAGAGUCUAAGAAAGGCCUUGGACGACGAAUUUGGACCGCCAGCUAAGCGGCACCAGAGCGUUUUCGAGCAAGACCAACGGCGACGACUGUACACUCAGACAUUCUGA